GAUCGAAGCAUCAGCACAACAGCAGCAGCAGCGCAGAGUGUGUUUUCUCGGGGAGCAGAGUUAGAGGUAAGAGCAAGAUCAGCAAUGGCGACGGGGGGUCCCAGUUCCAUGUCCGCCGGCCUCCUCUUCCUCAACCUCAUCAUGUACGUCGUCGUGGCCGUCAUCGCCGGCUGGGCCAUCAACUACAGCAUCGACGAGAGCUUCAACUCACUGCAGGGGGUGUCGCCGCCGGUGCGGAUGUUCCCGAUCUACUUCCCGAUCGGCAACCUGGCCACGGGGUUCUUCGUCAUCUUCGCGCUCCUCGCCGGCGUCGUCGGCGUCUCCACCUCGCUGACCGGGCUCCACGACGUCAGCCAGGGCCACCCCUCCAGCAUGAUGUCCGCCGCCGCCACCUCCCUCGUCACCUGGACCCUCACCCUCCUCGCCAUGGGGCUGGCGUGCAAGGAGAUCAGCAUCGGAUGGAGGCCACCGAGCCUGCGAGCGUUGGAGACGUUCACCAUCAUCUUGGCCGGGACGCAGCUGCUCUGCGCCGGGUCGCUGCACGCCGGAGCACACGCGGCCAUCAUACAGACGCCCAUGGCGAGCAGAGUGUGAGCACGCGCCGGAGGAUUCUGUUAAACAAGACCGUAUCAAUCUUGGCGACGAUUGGUUUCUGGUGUACGCGCACGCGCGCGCGUGAGGAUGUGUGGAUUAUGUUAGUGUGUGUGUGGAACUGUGGAUGUGUCUGUGUGCUCGUGGCGAAUCUGUUCGUUUGUAUUUGUCUCCGGCGGUAAUUCUUUUCAUUAAUUAAUUACUGAA